AACCGCACCUUUGUCAUGAAAAUUGAAAGCUCAAGCCCCCGACACGUGGAAGUCAGCUGGGCUCCGCCCCACUUCCCAGGUGGACCUAUUUUGGGUUAUAAUUUAAGGCUGAUCAGUAAAAUCAGAAGUUAGAUUCGGGGGACCCAGAGGAACCAGUUUCCAGUUUUAUUCCACUCUUCCAAACACCACCUACAGGUUUUCUAUUGCAGCAGUAAAUGAAGUGGUGAAGGGCCCGAAGCAGAAUCUGUAAUUACCACUCCAUCCCCUGCAGUUCAAGAAGAAGAACAAUGGCUCUUUUUAUCCAGAAAAACUUCUCUAAGAAAGAGGUCCUUAAAGUACUUGGUAGAAGAAGCACAUUGCCUUUGGUCAGAUACCAUACGCCAUAAUAUUACAGGGAUAGCAGUCAAUGUCCAACAGCAGGUGGUUUAUUUCUCAGAAGGAACUUCCAUAUGGAUGAAGGAGGCAGCCAACAUGUCUGAUAAGUCUGAUCUGAGAAAUUUUUACAGAGGCUCAGGCCUAAUCUCUUCCAUCUCCAUAGACUGGCUUUACCAGAGGAUGUAUUUCAUCAUGGGUAAACAGGUAUAUGCUUGUGACUUAGAAAAUUGCUCAAAUUUUGAGGAAAUUACUCCGUUAUCUAUUAUUGCACCUAGAAAAGUUGUGGUUGAUUCCUAUAAUGGGUAUGUCUUUUAUCUCCUGAGAGAUGGCAUUUACAGAGUCAAUCUCCCUUUGCCAUCUGGCAGGCACACGGAAGCUGUGCGCAUCGUGGAGAGUGGCACACUAAAGGACUUUGCCGUAAAGCCCCAGUCCAAGCGAAUCAUCUACUUCAAUGACACCAUGCAAGUCUUCAUGUCCACAUUUCUGGAUGGCUCUGCUUUCCAUCAGGUGCUGCCUUUUGUCUCCCUUAAGGACGUGAAGAGCUUUGCUUGUGAAAACAACGACUUCCUCAUUACAGACGGCAAGGCCAUUUUCCAGCAGGACUCCUUGUCUUUCAAUGAGUUCAUCGUCGGAUGUGACCUGAAUCACAUAGAAGAAUUUGGCUUUGGUAACUUGGUCAUCUUUGGCUCAUCUAUCCAGUCGUACCCUGUGCCAGGCCAUCCACAGGAGCUCUCGGUGCUGUUUGGUUCUCAAGAGGCCCUUGUGCAAUGGAAGCCUCCUGCUCUCGCCAUAGGAACCAGCCCUUCUGCCUGGCAGAACUGGACUUAUGAGGUGCAAGUUUCCACGCAAGACCUUCCUAAAGCUACUCGAGUUUUCUCUAACAUAAGUGGGACCACGCUGAAUGUACCUGAGCUGCAGAGUGCUACCCAAUACACAGUUUCUGUGAGAGCGAGCUCUCCUAAAGGCCCAGGGCCCUGGUCAGAGCCCUCAGUGGGUACCACCCUGGUUCCAGCUACUGAGCCACCAUUCAUUAUGGCUGUGAAGGAAGAUGGACUUUGGAGCAAGCCGCUCAGUAGUUUUGGCCCAGGAGAGUUCCUGUCCUCUGACGUAGGAAACGUGUCAGAUAUGGAUUGGUAUAACAACAGCCUCUACUACAGUGACAUCAAAGGCAAUGUUUAUGUGCGGCCCCUGAAUGGGAUGGAUGUCUCAGAGAAUUAUCACAUACCCAGCAUUGCAGGAGCUGGUGCUUUGGCCUUUGAAUGGUUGGGCCAUUUUCUCUACUGGGCUGGGAAGACAUAUGUGAUCCAAAGGCAGUCUGUGUUGACAGGCCACACAGACAUUGUUGCUCACGUGAAGCUGCUGGUGAACGACAUGGCUGUGGAUUCUGUCGGUGGCUAUCUGUAUUGGACGACGCUCUACUCGGUUGAGAGCACCAGACUAAAUGGAGAAAGUCCUCUUGUACUACAGGCUCAGCCCUGGCUGUCUGGGAAAAAGGUUAUUGCCCUAACUUUAGACCUCAGUGAUGGGUUCCUGUACUGGCUGGUGCAGGGCAAUCAGUGUAUUCAUCUGUACACAGCUGUUCUUCGAGGACGGAGUGCUGGGGACUCUACCAUCACAGAGUUUGCAGCCUGGAGUCCUUCUGAAAUUUCCCAGAAUGCACUGGUGUACUACAGUGGUCGGCUCUUCUGGAUCAAUGGCUUUAGGAUUAUUACGGCACAGGAAAUAGGUCAGAGAACCAGCGUGUCUGUUUUGGAGCCAGCAAAAUUUAACCAGUUCACUAUUAUACAGGCAUCCCUCAAGCCUCUGCCAGGAAACUUUUCCUCUACUCCCAAGGUUAUCCCAGAUUCUGUUCAGGAGUCUUCCUUUCGGAUUGAAGGACACACUUCAAAUUUCCAAGUCCUGUGGAAUGAACCCCCUGCCGUGGACUGGGGCAUAGUUUUCUACAGCGUGGAAUUGAGCGCUCAUUCUAAGUUCCUGGCUAUUGAACAGCAGUCCUUGCCCGUGUUUACUGUGGAAGGACUGGAGCCCUAUGCCUUAUUUAACUUUUCUGUCACUCCGUAUACUUACUGGGGAAAAGGCCAAAAAACAUCUCUAUCUCUUCGUGCACCCGAAUCAGUUCCAUCAGCACCAGAGAACCCCAGAAUAUUUAUUUUGCCAAGUGGAAGAUAUGGCAACAAGAAUGAAGUCAUGGUAGAGUUUAGGUGGAAUAAACCCAAGCAUGAAAAUGGAGUGCUAACCAAAUUUGAAAUCUUCUAUCAUAUAUCUAAACAAAGCGAUGCCAAUAAAACAACCGAAGACUGGAUUUCAGUCAGUGUCAAGCCCCCGGUAUUGUCUUUUCGGCUGGAGGCCACGAAUCUUGGGUAUAUUGUUGCCUUCCAGGUUCGUGUCUUCACAUCCAAAGGGCCAGGACCAUUUUCCAAUACAGUGAUGUCUAAAACAUCAGAAAUCAAACCAUUUCCAUAUCUUAUAUCUCUUCUUGGCAAUAAGAUCAUGUUUCUAGAUAUGGAUCAAAAUCAAGUUGCAUGGACGUUUUCCACGGAGGGAGAUGUCCGCACUGUGGGGUACACGGCAGAUGAUGAAAUGGGGUAUUUUGCGCAAGGAGACUCACUCUUCCUUCUGAAUUUGCACAAUCGUUCCAGCUCCAAGUUUUUCCAGGAUGCUCUGGUGUCUGAUGUUGCAGUUAUUACAGUGGACUGGAUUGCAAGGCACCUCUACUUUGCACUGAAAGCAUCUCAAGAUGGAACACGGAUAUUCAGUGUUGAUCUUGAAUACAAGGUGAAAUCUCCUAGGGAGUUGAAGAUUUGCAAAAGGCAUUCAGCAAUAAUUUCUUUCUCCGUAUAUCCCCUUUUAAGUCGCUUGUAUUGGACAGAAGUUUCAGAUCUGGGCCAUCGGAUGUUUUACUGCAGUGUUAGCAAUCACACCUUGCACCACCUUCUACAAACCAAGGCCGCAAACCAGAGUGGAAGGAGCCAAUGUUUUUGUAAUGUGAUUGAAUCCCAGUUAGGUGGAGCAAUGACUGUUGAUACCUCUGACCCAAAAAGACCAUGGAUAUACUUUACCAAAGGGCAAGAGAUCUGGGCCAUGGAUCUGGAAGGAUGUCAAUGCUGGAAAAUCACCAUGGUGCCUGCCAUCCUUGGAAAAAGAAUUGUUAGCUUAACAGUGGAUGGAGAAUUUGUGUAUUGGAUCAUUACAACAAAGGACAACACAGAGAUUUAUCAAGCAGAGAAGGGAAGUGGGGCCGCGGUCUCCCAGGUGAAGGCCCCUGGGAGCAAGCAUAUCUUGGCUUACAGCUCAGCUCUGCAGCCUUUUCCAGAUAAAGUGUAUCUAUCUUUAGCUUCAGAUGUGGUAGAGGCAACUAUAUUGAAUGCCUCAAACACCAGCCUCACACUCAAAUUACCUCCGGUCAAGACAAACCUCACAUGGCAUGGCAUCACCAGCUCCACACCAACAUACCUGGUCUACUAUACAGAAGCUAAUAGGACAAACAACCACAACAGGAAACACAGAAUGCUGGAAUCACAGGAGAAUGUAGCCCGUAUUGAAGGUUUGCAGCCAUUUUCAACAUAUGUGAUUCAGGUAGCUGUGAAGAAUUACUAUUCAGAUCCUUUAGAACAUUUACUUCUGGGAAAAGAGAUUCAGGGAAAAACUAAAAGUGGAGUGCCUGGGGCAGUUUGUCACAUCAACGCAACUGUGCUGUCAGACACCAAUCUCCACGUAUUUUGGACAGAAUCGCCUAGGCCAAACGGACCCAAAGAGUCAGUCCGCUAUCAGCUGCUCAUGUCGCACCUGGCUCCGAUUCCUGAGACGCCUCUAAGGCAGGGUGAUUUUCCAAAUGCCAGGCUUGCUCUCCUUGUCAUUAAUCUAUCUGGUGGACAACUCUAUGUGUUGAAGGUCCUGGCCUGCCACUCGGAGGAAAUGUGGUGUAUUGAGAGUCAUGCUGUCACUGUUAACAUGUUUGACACACCGAAGAAACCUUCUGCCUUGGUUCCAGACAACACUAGUCUGCAGUUAGACUGGAAAGCUCCGUCCAAUGUUAACCUCACCAGAUUUUGGUUUGAACUCCAGAAGUGGAAAUACAAUGAGUUUUUCCAUGUUGAAGCAUCAUGCAACCCAGGUCCAGUCUAUGUCUGUAAUAUCGCGGGCCUACAGCCCUAUACUCCUUAUAACAUCCGAGUCGUGGUGGUCUAUAUGACAGGAGAAAAUAGCUCCUCGAGUCCAGAGAGCUUCAAGACAAAAGCUGGAGUCCCAAGCAAACCAGGCAUUCCUAAAUUACUAGAAGGGAGUAAAAAUUCAAUCCAGUGGGAAAAAGCUGAAGAUAAUGGCAGUAGACUGAUGUACCAUAUCCUUGAGAUCAGAAAGGGCACUUCAAGUGAUUCCCAGAACCAGAGUUUACGGUGGAAGAUGGUGUUUAAUGGCUCCUGCAGUAGCAUCUGCACGUGGAAGUCCACAAAUCUGAGUGGACCAUUUCAGUUCCGAGCAGUGGCUGUAAAUAAUAUUGGGUUUGGAGACUACAGUGGAGUCAGUGAGGAUAUUAUGUUAGUGGAAGAUGGUUUUUGGAUAACAGAAACAAGCUUUAUACUUACUGCCCUAGUUGGUAUACUUCUGGUCACUACAGUCCCACUGACCUUUGUCUGGUAUAGAAGCUUGAAAAAUCACAGAGCUUCCAAGGAAGGGCUGUCAGUUCUCAAGGAAGAUGACAAAGAGUUGGCGGAGCUGCGAGGUCUGGCGGCUGGAGUGGGACUGGCCAAUGCCUGCUAUGCAGUACAUACUCUUCCAACCCAAGAAGAGAUUGAAAAUCUUCCUGCCUUUCCUCGGGAGAAGCUGAGUCUGCGCCUUUUGCUGGGGAGUGGAGCUUUUGGAGAGGUGUAUGAAGGCACAGCUGUGGACAUCCUAGGAGUGGGAAGUGGCGAAAUCAAAGUGGCCGUGAAGACCUUGAAGAAGGGUUCAACAGACCAGGAGAAGAUCGAGUUCUUGAAGGAGGCGCACCUGAUGAGCAAAUUUAAUCACCCCAACAUUCUAAAGCAGCUGGGAGUCUGUCUGCUGAGUGAGCCCCAGUACAUUAUUCUGGAACUGAUGGAAGGAGGAGACCUUCUAAGCUAUCUGCGGAAAGCCCGGGGGACGACGUGUCGUGGCCCUCUACUCACCUUGGCUGACCUUGUAGAGGUGUGUGUAGAUAUUUCUAAAGGCUGUGUCUACUUGGAGCAAAUGCACUUCAUACACAGGGAUCUGGCAGCUCGGAAUUGCCUUGUAUCUGUGAAAGACUACACCAGCCCUCGGGUAGUCAAGAUUGGUGACUUUGGACUAGCAAGGGAAAUCUAUAAAAACGAUUAUUACAGAAAGAGAGGGGAAGGCCUGCUUCCUGUUCGGUGGAUGGCUCCAGAAAACUUGAUGGAUGGAAUUUUCACUUCUCAGUCUGAUGUAUGGUCUUUUGGAAUUCUGGUUUGGGAGAUUUUAACUCUUGGUCAUCAACCUUAUCCAGCGCAUUCCAACCUUGAUGUUUUAAACUAUGUGCAAGAAGGAGGGAGACUGGAGCCACCAAGAAAUUGUCCUGAUGAUCUGUGGAAUUUAAUGUCCCAGUGCUGGGCUCAAGAACCGGACCAAAGACCAACUUUCCAUAACAUUCAAGACCAGCUUCAGUUAUUCAGAAAUUUUUCCUUAAAUAAUACUUCUCAGUGUGGAGAAGAAGCACAUGCCAGUGGAGUCAUCAAUAAAGGCUUUGAAGGUGAAGAUGAGAACAUGGCUCCUUUGAAUUCAGAUGACAUGAUGCCAGUUGCAUUGAUGGAAACCAAGAACCAAGAAGGAUUAAGCUAUAUGGUACUCGCCACAAAAUGUAGCCAAGGUGAAGACAAUUCUGAGAGUCCUCUAGGCCCAAAGGAAUCUGUGUCCUGUGGUCUGAAGCAAGAUGAGAAGCAACUAGAUGCAGACAAAGAUUUCGGCCAAGAACCGCAAGUGGCUUCCUGCCCUCCUGGCAGGUCUGGAGGCUUGAACUAUGCCUGUCUCACUCACACUGGGCAAGGAGGCAUGUCUGAUUAACAGCAUCCCAUAAGAGAAACAGCCCUGAGACAGACACCAUGUUAAGUUACUUGCAGAAAAGAACAAAUGUGUGGCGGUAGUCUAUGGCUCUGAACGGAUACAGCGAUGUUUCUGAGUUCUGAUGUUGGUUCCAAGAGUCUUUUGGUUUCAUUCAUAGCAUUCCCUUUACCAGUGGCCUAACCUUCAGUGGGUAAUGAGAGGAACCUUCCUGUUUUUGGAAAUCCCAGAAAAAUUCUGAAGUCUGGGAAGAAAAUACCAUGGUCCCUCUCCUGGGUAGCCCUUCACUUUAAAGCACUGCCUGCUUCACUGUCUGGGAUGCAGUACAAACAUCAUUGUCAAAUGGUUAGUGACAGGAAUAGGUCCAUUCAAGAAUUUGAAUGGGAGCUGGGUGGAUGGGAGUCUGCUAAUGACCACUGUCCUGCAGAUGACCUUAAAGAGGAUGCAGGAGAUGAUGAGGAACAUGUACAGGAGGGGGCUGCCCCGAGCCACGAGAAAUCAUCUGGCACGCUGUUAUUCCACUAACAUAAUCUCUUUAAUCACCACUGUAAAAUAUUCUGUAGUUUUGGAAACUCAGAAGAGCAGCUUUAGGUGUAGCGAAAACAGGACCGUGGAAACCUCCGAAUCUCAAAGCUGAGCAUUCUGUGACCCUUGGGUGGCAUAAAAAAUAAUCUUAUGAUUUAAAAAAAGAUUUUAUGUAUAAUUUUUAUUUUGUGUGUAGGAGUGUUUGCCUGCCUGUCUGCCUGUGCACCACAUGUGUGCUCGGUGCUCUCAGAAGCCAGAAGGGAGCUUUGGAUCUCCUGGAACUGGAGUUACAGGAUGUUGUGAGCUGCCACAGUGGGUGAUGGGAACAAAGCUGGGUCCUCUGGAAGAGCACCCAGUGCUCCUAAUUGCUGGCCCUACUCUCUAGCCCCAGUCUGGUGAUUUUUAUGCUCCAAUGGAAAAAUUACAAGGACUGUUUGGGGGAAGUGUCUGGAAUAUAGCUCAGUGGCGAACACUUGACUUUCUUAAUGAAGCCCUUGGUUCUGUCCCAGCACCACACGCGCGCGCACACACACACACACACACACACACACACACACACACACGCACAUGCACACAUGUAUUCACACUCAUAUAGUACUACUUUUUUGUCAGACAUGGUUUGUAUACAAAAUCUAAAAUAAAUUAUCCUUAAAAUUAAAUGUAAGUCAUUACACACUUUUAUUUACAGUUGAGUAAUUUGUAUCAGUGACAUGGACAAACACCUACACGAGAAGAGCUGGAACGAUACUCAGAAAGUUGGUUUGAUUUUGAAGUUGCACAGUGGCAUCUUACACCUGAAGUGCUGCCCUAUCCGUGCUGAUGUGGCUAGUCCAUGUGCUCCUUGGUUGCUGUGUAGAGGCGACUUAUUGGAACACUUGCUAAAAACUCCUGUGGGAGAUCAUAAACCUGUCUCCAUCUCUGGUCAUCUUUAAUGUUCCUGGUGUCUAAGAACCUGCACAGGAGACUGGCAGCAGGUGAACACAGAGAAGCGAAUGCCCUAGGCUGGGGGUGCACAGCCUUGUGGUUAAGGUACAGAAUUUGCGUUCAUUUUGCCACACACCCAGGAUACUUCCUCUCUGUCCAUGGAAGCCUCUGUCAUUCCUUUAAUUAGUCCAGGACACAAGACCCUUUCUUUUCUCUACUGAAGAUUUCUACACUACUCUCAGAAUGGGAGCCGGCUCAUGUCUGCUCCCUCAGAAUCUUCUGCAGUAGGCAAAGGUGCAACUUCCUUCCACACCCCCCAAACCCAUGCACCCAGGCUGCUCACUCAGAGUUCAUGGCACCAGAAGAGGCAGCAGAGGGAAUCUGCCUUGGCAGACAGACCGGUUCUGCUGGCUGCUUCUCCUUGAUCCCUGCUCUAGGUCUCCCUUCUUCCUGGGAUUCUGGCAGCCACCUCCAAAUGCUUUUGGUAAAUCUUUCUAAAUCAGAGGUAUUUCUAUUUUCUGUAACUUGGAAUUCAUUCUGCCAGCUCCACAGAGCUCUGUUUUGGAAAAUGCAAAUGUAUCCGAGAUGCUAAAAUGAAUUAGAUUUACAGCAUAAUAUAUUUUCACUGUAAUUAGAGAAUCCAUAGAUAUCUGUAGGUGAAUAGGCAGUACAACUGUCAUGUUUCAGCUCAGAAGUUUGCUAACAGACUUACAACAAUUCAUAAUAGAAAAUACUAGCAGGAUCAUUUAAUAAAAAUAAAGUAGUGGCUGAAAAAUUUGAAUGUAAACUGUACAGAGAAAAAUAAUUGCUGAAAGGCAACUGAUUUGUUGGUGACAUAAUUGUAAUUCUAUCAGUGAAAAUUAAUUCUGAAACAUUAGAGAGGAAAACAGACAAUGGAUAAAAAUGUGUGUGUUAAAAUAUAUUUACUAAUGUUCAACAGAAAAAUAAAAUCUUUAAAACUUUU